AUGGUGAGUGUGCUGCCCCCUGGCGUGCGGAGACGGAGAGGAGAGGCUGGUUGGAACCGGCCGUGGCGGGACCCGGGCCUCCCAGCGGUCAACUCCCGAGUCUGCGGACCGAGUCCACCCCCGGGCGCCGCUCAGACCUCAUUCCCUCCGGCUCGCAGCGUGGGGGCGGGGCCGGACUCAGUAGCUUUUGAGGAUGUGGCUGUGAACUUCACCCUGGAAGAGUGGGCUUUACUGGAUCCUUCACAGAAGAACUACAGAGAUGUGAUGCGGGAAAUCUUCUGGAACCUGGCCUCAGUAGGAAAAACAUGGGAAGAUCAUGUCAUUGAAGAUCAGUACAAAAACCAGGAGAGAAACAAAAGUCAUAUGGUUGAGGCACUCUGUGAAAAUAAAGAGGGUGGUCCAUGUGGAGAAAACUUCAGCCUUAUUCCAAAUCUCAGUCUGAACAAGAAAACUACUGGAGUAAAACCACAUGAAUACGGUGCAUGUGAAAAAAUUUUUACGUGUCAUUCAUCCCUUAAUAGACAUAUGAGAUGUCACACUGAACACAAACCAUAUGAGUAUCAGAAAUAUGGAGAGAAGACGUAUAAAUGUAAGGCAUGUGGGAAAGCCUUUAGUUAUCUGCAGUGUUUUAAAAAACAUGAAAAUCACAAUGGAGAGAAAAUGUAUAAAUGUAAAGACUGUGGGAAAGCUUUUAUUAUGUGUCUCAAAACCCUUCGAAGACACGUGAUAACGCAUACUGGAGGUGCUCCUUAUAAAUGUAAGGAACGUGGGAAAGCCCUCAGUUGUUCCAGUUUAAAAAUACAUGAAAGAAAUCACACUGGAGAGAAACCCUACGAAUGUAAUGAAUGUGGUAAAGCUUUCAAUUCUCAUCUAGGUUUCAAAAUCCAUGAAAGAAAUCACAGUGGCGAGAAACCAUACGAAUGUAAAAAAUGUACCAAAGCAUUCAGUUGCCCCAGUUCUCUUCAAAGACAUGGAAGAAUUCAUACUGGAGAGAAACCCUAUCAAUGUAAGGCAUGUGGGAAAGCCUACAGAUACCAUAGUUCCUUACAUACACACGAGAGGACUCACAAAGGAGAGAAACACUAUGAAUGUAAGCAGUGUGGAAAAGCCUUUCUUCCUCUUUCUAGCUUCUGAGCACACAUGAUCAUUCACACUGGAGAUGGACCUUAUAAAUGUAAGGAAUGUGAGAAAACAUUCUUUUCUCCCAGUUCAUUUCAAGUACAUGAAAGGAGACACACUGGAGAGAAACCCUAUGAAUGUAAAAUAUGUGGUAAAGGCUUCAGUUGUUCCAGUUAUGUGCAAGUAUAUGAAAGAAUUCAUACUAGAGAGAAACCCUUUGAAUGUGAUAAAUGUGGGAAAGCUUUCAUUUAUCACAUAAACUUUCAAAGACAUAUGAGACUGCACACUGGAGAGAAACCAUACAGAUGUGAAGAAUGUGGGAAAGACUUUAGUCAUCCCAGUUCAUCCUGA